CGCGACGCCUUCUAAUUGGCUGGAGGCGUUCCCGGGAGCGUGACGUAGGCCCGGCGGAGUUGGCGCGAAUGUGUUCUGUGACUGGACGAGAGACAAAGACCAACCGGUUGCGUUUUAUAUUUCAACGUCUCUUUUUUUUACACGUAGUUACGGCUCAUAUAGCCUGAUAUACGCAGCUAUGGCGGACAAAGAAGCAGCGUUUGACGAUGCGGUGGAGGAGCGUGUUAUUAACGAGGAGUACAAGAUCUGGAAGAAGAACACCCCCUUUCUGUAUGACCUGGUGAUGACACACGCUCUGGAGUGGCCCAGUCUUACGGCACAGUGGUUACCAGAUGUCACCAGGCCUGAAGGGAAGGACUUCAGCGUUCACAGGUUGGUGCUCGGCACUCACACCUCUGAUGAACAAAACCACCUUGUCAUUGCCAGCGUUCAACUGCCCAACGACGAUGCCCAGUUUGAUGCUUCUCAUUAUGACAGCGAGAAAGGAGAGUUCGGUGGAUUUGGAUCAGUCAGCGGGAAGAUUGAAAUAGAAAUCAAAAUCAACCACGAGGGGGAAGUGAACCGGGCCCGCUACAUGCCACAGAACCCGUGCAUCAUCGCUACGAAAACCCCAACCAGUGAUGUGCUGGUGUUCGACUACACAAAGCACCCCUCAAAACCAGAUCCCUCAGGCGAGUGCAAUCCAGAUCUGCGUUUACGAGGGCAUCAGAAAGAAGGGUAUGGUCUGUCCUGGAACCCCAACCUCAGCGGCUACCUGCUGAGCGCGUCGGACGAUCAUACGAUCUGUCUGUGGGAUAUCAGCGCUGUCCCGAAGGAGGGGAAAGUGGUGGACGCAAAGACAAUCUUCACCGGGCACACAGCGGUGGUGGAGGACGUGUCGUGGCAUCUGCUGCACGAGUCUCUCUUUGGAUCAGUCGCUGAUGAUCAGAAACUCAUGAUCUGGGACACCAGGUCUAACAAUACAUCAAAACCAAGCCAUGCUGUCGACGCCCACACUGCCGAAGUGAACUGCCUGUCCUUUAACCCCUACAGUGAAUUUAUUCUGGCAACAGGCUCUGCGGACAAGACUGUUGCACUUUGGGACUUGCGUAACUUAAAACUGAAGUUACACUCGUUUGAGUCUCACAAAGACGAAAUCUUCCAGGUUCAGUGGUCUCCUCAUAAUGAAACUAUUCUGGCAUCCAGUGGAACUGACAGGCGGCUCAAUGUCUGGGAUUUGAGUAAAAUUGGCGAGGAACAAUCACCUGAAGAUGCAGAGGAUGGACCCCCAGAGUUGCUGUUUAUCCAUGGUGGACACACGGCCAAGAUUUCUGAUUUCUCAUGGAACCCCAAUGAACCUUGGGUGAUAUGCUCUGUAUCAGAGGACAACAUCAUGCAAGUCUGGCAAAUGGCUGAGAACAUUUACAAUGACGAAGACCCUGAAGGAGCUGCAGAUGCAGAAGUACAAGGCUGAUAAACCACCAGACCAUUGUCUCUGUCUGUCUGUCUUUCUCUGCCCUUUCUUUUCUCUCUUACCCAUUAGGCUUUCCUACUCCUUUUGUCUGUCUGUCUUCUAGACACAAAGCACAGAGUUAGCUGUUGCAUUUGGCACAUAAAGGGCUGGUUUCAUGGACCCCGAUUUAGCAUGAAUCUUGGACUACCUAAUGUUAUUUUAGGUCAGGUAGUCCAAGAUUAGUGUUUAUUGGUGUCUGUGAAACCCAGUCCUUUUUUUUUUUUUUUUUUAGUCUUUUCAAAAACAGAUUUUCAGAAACCAAACCAUGCAGUAAAUGAAGGUAGUACCAAGACGGACGAUUUGUUGGCAAAAUCGUAUGCAAAAUAACACUCGGGUUUAACUGCCGUUAUGGAUUGGGCACCUGUAUUGUAUUACAGAACUGUACCAUUUCUUAACAGUUACGUAAACAAUCGCCCCAACACAAGGGUUGUACAAAAAUGUAUUUAAGUAGUGCAACAUUUUCAACUUCUCCAAAUGAAUCACUUUAGUUCUAAGUGGGGGGGGGGGGGGGGGUUGAUGCAGUAAUGUUCAUUUAGCAUUACCUGACAGGUGACUGACUUGCAGUGCCCCAAUCCAGAGGUACCUAUGCUAUCUUUAAAGCCAGAUGUGCCUCACCAGUAAUCCGCAUUGGAACCCCAUUCAGGUGGGCCAUUUGUAAAACUGGAGCAGUUAAGGCUGUAUUCUAUUUUUUAAAGUAUCAUAUACAACCGAUGGUAGAAUACCCAGUUAGACUUAACUUCUGUAUGAUAAAGAAGUAAUUCCUGAUGUUUUAUUGGAUGCAUUUUUCCAGUGGCCUGUUUUGUAAACUAACCAACGAGAAGAUGGUGCUCUUUUUUUUU